UCACUUGCCAUGUACUCUGAUCACCUUUGUAGCUAUAAUGGCCACUACUCUCAAGAUGAUGACGCUAUUCACCGUCUUUUGCUUUCUCUUCAUCGUCGAGCUCCAAGUCAACAGUGAAGGAUUCCGUCCGGCGGAAGCGCUAAAAAUGAAUUGCCCGCCAGCCUGUGCGUACCGUUGUAGCAAAUCAUCACGACAUAAGAUGUGCAUCAGAGCCUGCAACACAUGUUGUCAGAGGUGCAACUGUGUUCCACCCGGAACUUCAGGCAACGCUGAUGUCUGCCCUUGCUAUGCCAAUAUGACUACACAUGGUGGUAGGCUUAAAUGUCCUUGAGCAGAAUUUUUACGCACCAUCUUUUCUCAAUUAGUCCGCAUAAGCAGUAUGACUAAAUAAAGUUGAGUACUUUUUAAAC